CGCCUUCCCUCUCCCGGCCCGGCGCGUCUCCCAGGUCUCCGGUCUCUAUCUCCCCCCCUCCCCCUUUGUCCCUUCUCAUUUUUCUUUCUUUCUUGUAAUCCUCCCCAGCCCCUCUUACUGGGGAGGGGGGGGGGCUCCUCUUUUCGACGUUCUCCCGUUUUUCCUCAAAUGCUCCUCUUGAGCCCAGGAUUUCCCUUCCUAAAUUUAAUGUGCUCCUGGCUCCCUCCCCCCCAGCCCUUGCGAGACAAACCUGGGAGAUGGGGAGGGGUUCGAGAAUCGAAGCGUGCUUGUUGCUGGGAAACAGUGAACAGAGUAUCUGUCAGGCAAGAGCUGCUGUGAUGGUUUACGAUGAUGCCAAUAAAAAGUGGGUGCCAGCCGGUGGUUCAACUGGCUUCAGCAGAGUUCACAUAUAUCACCAUACAGGCAACAACACAUUCAGAGUGGUGGGCAGGAAGAUUCAGGACCAUCAGGUUGUGAUAAAUUGUGCCAUUCCUAAAGGAUUGAAGUACAAUCAAGCUACACAGACCUUCCACCAAUGGCGGGACGCUAGACAGGUGUAUGGUCUCAACUUUGGCAGUAAAGAAGAUGCCAAUGUCUUCGCAAGUGCCAUGAUGCAUGCCUUAGAAGUGUUGAAUUCACAGGAAACAGCCCAGAGCAAGGUUACUGCUACCCAGGACAGCACUAAUUUGCGAUGUAUUUUCUGUGGGCCAACAUUGCCUAGACAAAAUUCACAACUACCUGCCCAAGUUCAGAAUGGCCCAUCACAAGAAGAAUUGGAAAUUCAAAGAAGGCAACUGCAGGAGCAGCAGCGACAGAAGGAGCUGGAGCGGGAGCGGCUGGAGAGAGAGAGAGUGGAGCGGGAGCGCCUCGAGCGCGAGCGCCUGGAGCGGGAGCGGCUGGAGCGGGAGCGCCUCGAGAGGGAGCGCCUCGAGCAGGAGCAGCUGGAGCGGGAGCGGCAGGAGCGGGAUCGGCAGGAUCGCCUGGAGCGGGAGCGGCUGGAGAGACUGGACCGCGAACGGCAGGAGCGAGAGCGGCAGGAGCAGCUAGAGAGGGAGCAGCUGGAGUGGGAGCGAGAGCGGAGAAUAUCGAACGCCGCUCCAUCCUCCGACAGCUCCCUGUAUAGUGCUCCACUUCCUGAGUAUGCCAGUUGCCAGCCUCCUUCAGCACCUCCUCCAUCAUACGCUAAAGUCAUCUCAGCUCCAGUAUCAGAGGCCACUCCUGAAUACGCUGUAGUGACCGCUUUGCCACCUACUUCCACACCCCCUACACCACCACUUCGACACUCCGCGACACGUUUUGCGACAUCUCUAGGUUCAGCCUUCCACCCCGUUCUUCCCCACUAUGCUACAGUUCCUCGUCCUCUGAACAAAAACUCUCGACCUUCUUCUCCUGUGAACACACCCUCUCCUCAGCCUCCAGCUACGAAGCCCUGUGCCUGGCCUACUUCCAAUUUUUCCCCCCUCCCUCCAUCUCCUCCAGUAAUGAUUAGCAGCCCCCCAGGCAAAGCCACUGGUCCGAGGCCUGUCCUCCCCGUUUGUGUCUCUUCUUCUGUGCCCCCGAUGCCCCCCUCGCCAACAGCGCCCAACGGGCUGCUCGACCCCGUCCCGCACCCCGUGUCUCCGCCGCCUACCUCAGGGCCGCCGCCUCCGCCGCCGCCGCCACUGCCUCCCCUGGCGCCACUCUCACACUGUGGAUCUCAAGCUUCUCCUCCUCCGCCUCCGAGCACCCCUCUUGCCUCAACUCCCUCAUCCAAGCCUAGUGUUCUCCCUUCUCCCUCUGCAGCUGCCCCUGCCUCUGUGGAGACUCCUCUAAACUCUGUGCUGGGAGACUCCUCUGCUCCUGAGCCAGGCUUGCAGGCAGCCUCUCAGCCGGCCGAGACUCCAGCCCAGCAGGGCAUUGUCUUGGGACCACCUGCACCUCCACCCCCUCCUCCACUCCCGCCAGGUCCUGCCCAGGCACCAGCCAUACUCCCUCCUCCUCCAGGACCCCCUCCACCCCCUCCACUCCCUUCCUCAGGGCCUCCGCCCCCGCCUCCUCCACCGCCUCUUCCCAAUCAAGUUCCCCCUCCUCCUCCUCCACCUCCUGCUCCUCCCCUCCCUGCAUCUGGAUUUUUUUCGGGAUCCAUGUCUGAAGACAAUCGCCCUUUAACUGGACUUGCAGCUGCAAUUGCUGGAGCAAAACUUAGGAAAGUGUCACGGAUGGAAGAUGCCUCUUUCCCAAGCGGAGGGAACACCGCUGGUGUGAAUUCGGCCUCAUCUAAAACAGAUACAGGUCGUGGAAAUGGACCCCUUCCUUUAGGGGGUAGUGGUUUAAUGGAAGAAAUGAGUGCCCUGCUGGCCAGGAGGAGAAGAAUUGCUGAAAAGGGAUCAACGAUAGAAACAGAACAAAAAGAGGACAAAAAUGAAGACUCAGAGCCUGUAACUUCUAAGGCCUCUUCAACAACUACACCUGAACCGACAAGAAAACUUUGGGAAAGAACAAAUACAAUGAAUGGCAGCAAGUCACCUGUCAUUUCCAGACCAAAAUCUGCACCUUCGUCACAGCCCAGUGCCAACGGAGUCCAGACGGAGGGACUGGACUAUGACAGGCUGAAGCAGGACAUUUUAGAUGAAAUGAGAAAAGAAUUAACUAAGCUAAAAGAAGAGCUCAUUGAUGCAAUCAGGCAGGAACUGAGCAAGUCAAAUACUGCAUAGAGAAACAAACUAAGGAGAGACAGGACUUUAAUCUGGAAAAAGAAGAAAAUAAAAACCUGCAAAGAACAACUGUUAGCAACAACAAAACCCUUACAUUUUGUGAGCUGUGAGAAGAAAAUGGAGAUACACAGUCAGAAGGAGGGAAAAACCAACAUACUUUGAAAGCCUUCAAACAUUACUACUCCGGCGGAUAAGCUAUUUCCCUCCCAGUUUGCUGCUUUUUUCUGACCUUUACAACAGGAUGGAAGAGAGUCGUAUAGGAGUUCCUGUAUCAGUUAUGCAGAAAAUUACUAAACCCGUCAGGCAAGAUCACCGUGCAUUGAAAAUAUUUUCAUGUCAAGAGAAAAUUGCACAUUUUCCACAGUCCAUUGCUAAAAUAAAGAGGAGAAAGGCUUGAGAAGUUUUGUUUUUCAGAGAAUGCUGAUGAAGAAUUUAGCAAGUGAUGCUAUUGUAUUGUAAAUGUUUCUCUCAGGUUUGUCUUCCUAUCAUAUUUGAUAUUCCAUGGAUAAUUGAGGUCAGCCCUGUGUAGGUUAAGAUCAUAAAAUGUGGAACAAAUGGAAUUGUAUGUGCUUUCAAAAGGUGACAUUUAUAAGAAAGUGUCCUAAAAAUGAUUUGUCCAGAGUGAGGAAUUUUAGAAUGAUAGGAGGUCUCUCGAGUUUAGCCUUCAUGCAAUUUUGUAGAUUCAAACAUAAAAUUCAUCCAGAAUUUAAAGAUUUAGAUGCCUUCCUAAAUUGUUACAAUGCUUUACCAAAUCUAUGACUCCUACAUAACACAAACCAGUGGUCAAAUGUAAAACAAUAUAUUGUAGAUUUACUGUAGGUUUUCAAUCUUUUUUAGAUUUAUGCAUGUGGACAUUUUUAUAACGUAAUUACAACCACCACAAAAAUUAGCUUUUUUAAUUGCAGACAGUAAUGCAUGUUAAACUAAUAUGUAGUGGCCUUUUCAAGGCCUAGUCCCAGGGAAAACAUUUUGUAGAGUAUAGGGAGUGGGAGGAGGGGAAGGAAUAAUUUUUUAUUUAAAGUUAAUUUCUGCACUAUCUUUUUUCUCAGUUAUCUGCAUGAAUAAUGAUGAGGAAUAUUUUGUGACUUUAAUUGGUAAAUAUGUUAACAGAACCAAGUACUUAAUCUUUUACAUCAUGUCUUCAGCUAUUUGUAUUUUAAUUCAGUAACUUCAAUGGUCUGAAACAUGAUUCUGAGCUUCACAUGAAUUCUGUCUUACUGUGGAAUUCAAGCGUUCGAUCCCUGAAUCUGGCAGUUAUUACCUAGGUGCCCUGCAGUUAUCCAGGUGUUCAUUCCUGACUUCAGAGCUGCUUUUGGACUUUUAUGUUGAAAUACUAGAAAAGUAGCAACGAUGGCAGCAGUUAAGGUCACAGAAAUCAUCGGAUAAAGGGAAAAAUGACGAGGGGUCCUGCAUAAUUUUCUUUUAAUAACUAAAGUGAGACUUAGGUGGUAGGAAGAAGGAACUAGAUGCUCUACUUACCACCAUGUGCGUGUGUGUGUGUGCGUGUUUGUGUGGGCACUCACGUGUGUGUGUGUGUGUGUGUGUGUGUAUAAUGCACUCCCUUUUCUUUGAAACUUCUAAGAUUAAAAUAGGGGAGAAAUCCUGUAUGUUACAAUGAUAGCAUUUUUUGAAAAUCUAGGAAAUCAAAAAUUCUCCAGGCUCUCCAUCUUGGUUUAUGCUUGAGUUGUUAUGUGCCAUAUUUGCUUUGAAAUCUUUGAUUAUCUGUAGUUUUACUAAAAUUUUGAAGAAAUAAUCCACUGUUGUCUGCUUUCUGGAUUUCUUAAUCUACCUUCAUAAGACAGAGCUUGUUGAUAGCAUAGUUUUCUAAAUGCAGGUUUGCAGCCAUCACCACUUCAACGAGGUUUGAAUGAGGAAAUUUUUUUUUUCUUAUUAAAACAGUUCCUGUUUCUGUAGAAACUUCACUUUUAGAUUAAUCUGUGAUGGAUGAGCUAUCAUAAUUCAAAUAUGCAGUUCUUUUUCUAUCAGCUGUUCAUUGUCAUCCAACAGUAAAGACAUUAAAGAUGCAGCAAGCUUAAAAAGUACUACUUUCUUAAAGAAAUAGGAGGCAUUUCCAUCUUUAUUACUGUACUUUUGGUUAUGCAAACACUUUGGAGAUAUAAAUGUUUAUGUCCCCCAUAAAUCUGGUCAGAAAUCAUUUUUGAUUUUGUUGAUUAAGUUAAACAGUAGGAUAGAGUACUGGGUACAAGUGGUCCAAAGUAAGAUAAAAGUCUACGCUAAAAAUGCUAGAUCUUGAAGAAGAAACUGGUUUAUGCACUAAACGUUUUGUGCCUUGGUCUAAAUAUUAACAUGUCUGUGUAAAAAUGACAAAAAGAACCAGUGUUGAAUCAUGUUUUAUUUCCUGUCAUUAUGCUUUAUCCCAGACUGCUAAAUGUGUUCUUUCCAAGAAGUUUGAUUGAAUUACUGUGUACAUUUACUGUCCUGUGUGACAGUUUUGUCAUUGUUAGAGAUUUCAGUAAUUAAAAUGGGAAACAGAAGCUUAGAUUAUUUUCCUUAUCAAAACUAUGUUCCUUGGAGCCACGUUAUUAUGAUGGUUUUCGUGCUCUUGUACAUUGGAUGUCUUAAGCUGAGUACAGUUUAGGGGAUCCUUUCUAAUUACAGGAAGGUGGUACUUUCCUUUAACACUGUGAUCUGACCUGUGACAAAUCUGUACUACACACUAUGUAAAUGGCUAACAAGUCAAUUGCAAACCAACUGAAUGUACAAACCUUAGUGCUGGUGCUGAAAUCUCUUCAGAAUAGUCAUCAUGAUCUCAAAGUUUGUUUCAGAAUUUGCAAGCAUCAAGUGUCAAUCAAAACUGAAGAUGAAACACUAAUGAAUGUUGAAUUCUCAUGCUUUAGGUGUACUUCCUUUAUAGUUUUUGUUUCUCUGCUAUUUUUACCAUACUGUUCCAUUUAAAUUUCCUACACGCUAACUUCGUUUGUGCGAUUGAAAUAAAAUUGCAGUAUAUACA